AUGGAGUCUUCUCAUAGAGCGGUUAAGGAGAAGGCUGAUGACGCCAGUCAUGUUGAAGACAAAUAUGAAGUUGCAAUGUCUGACCCAGAAAGCCCUUCGACGCCCGUUGAAGAGGGCGAUGAUGGCAAGGUCACAUUGAAAAUGAAACUAGCUGUGCUAUCGCUCAUUCUGAUGUAUGAGGCAUAUCUAUUCACUCUUAUUAUGUCAGUAUCCUAGAUCUCUUAAACAAAAAAAUGCACAGCGAAUCAACUGACCAAUAUUGUAGGCCUGCUGCUGUGCUGACGUACAUUGACGCUGAACUGGGACCUGAUACCCGCUAUCCAUGGAUAGCAAUAACGUAAGUCCUGAUGCACCAUCGUGGGACUUCUCAGCUGACUUGGGAACUAGAUGGAACCUUGGCGCGGCCAUUAUUGUCAGUAUAGGGGGACGCAUCUCAGACAUCACAGGCCGGCGGUGGUUCCUCAUGUUCGGUGCUGUCUCGGCUGCUGUCGGUGCCCUGGUCGGUGCUACUGGAAAGAGCAUCAACCAAAUGAUCGUCAGCGGCAUCAUCUUCGGAAUUGGGGGAGGAUUCCAGGAGAUGUGUUUCGCUUGUGCCCAAGAGCUCGUUCCCAAUAAGUGGCGAUUCCAGACUCUCGGUUUGUGACAAUCGUUUUUCAAGAAACCAGCGUGAUUCUAACCUCUGCUUACAGGCGUGAUGAUUCUUUCAAACCAUCUGAGCUCAAUAUCCCCAAUCCUCGGAUACGUCUUCAUCGCCUACACCAAAAUAGGCUGGAGAGCCUGCUACUGGUGGUGUUUUGCCUGGGAGGCCGUCACCGCCGUCAUGUUAUUUUUCUUCUACCACCCGCCGACUUUCGAAACGAAGCAUGCCGGCGAUGGCAAGAGCAAAUGGCAGCUUGCAAAAGAGAUCGACUACAUUGGUCUAAUCCUCUUUACCGCUGGAUGCUUGCUUCUUUUGCUUGCUCUGAACUGGGGAGGUGGCCAGCACCCAUGGAAUAGCUCGUGGGUGAUUGCACCCAUCGUUGUGAGCUUCGUGUGCUUCAUUGCGCUCGGAUUCUGGGAGGUUUACAUGCCUUUGUCGUAUCCUAUCCUACCACCUCACCUGUUUCGCGAGUGGCGCAGAUUCACGGCGUUUCUCGUCGUUUGCUUCGUUGCUGGCAUGCUCUACUACUCGAUGAAUGUCAUCUGGCCCCGCUAGAGCGCGCUCAUGUUUAUUCCCCAAGGUGGUGAUCCGAUCAUCAAAGGCGUCUAUGCCAACAUGGUUUCAUUUGGGAGCAUGAUUGCCGGGUGGUACUGCGUCAGCUUGAUGCCGUGGCUCAAGCACGAGAAGUGGCAGCUGGUUGCCUGCAUCACGAUACAGACAGCUCUCGUCGGCUCGCUUUCCAGCGUCGGCCUCGCUGAUAAGGGCCAGGCGAUUGCCACAGUCAUUCUGGUUGCUACAGUCAAUUUACCACCAUCCCCUCUGUCUUUCGGCAUGGUCUCUCUACAUCUUGAGGACCAAACGGAUAUCGGAAUCGCCGUGGGCUUGAUUAGUACCUUUCGACUGAUCGGAGGAGCGGUAGCUACUGCUAUCUACACCUCGAUCCAGAGCAGCCGGUUUGCCCAGGUGUUGCCUGGCCACGUCCGUUCCGCAGCUGAAGAAUCUAAUUUCGCUGGGUCGGUAGAUGCGUUGCUCCUGGCAGCACGAAAGAAUACGGUCGCGGCAUAUCAGACUGUCGAAGGAAUCACCAACACGACGAUCACGGCUACCCAGAAGGCAGUAUUGGAGUCAAACUCGCAGUCAUAUAGCAUGGUGUACCUGAUUGCAAUUGCCUUUGGGUGUGUUGCGAUAUGCUCUGCCCUGAGUGUGAAAUCUAUCGACGCCUCCCAGCGAUCGAACAAGACGGCGGCGAAGUUGGAGAAUGCAGGUUCGGAUGGAAAGAUCAUUGA